AUGCUAUCUGUAGUAGCAAUCCCAAAGAUAUGUAUUGCAAGUUCUACGAGAAGGUGCCUCUCGCACACUGCGAAAAAACUAUAUGCAGAAGAAUAUAAACCGACAGCUAUGUCCUCCAAUGCACCUUCACUGACAAAAGACCAGGCCAAGAAGAGAGAGUUGAAAAGAUUAGCACAACGAAAGGCCGAAGCAAAGAGGCCUGCAGCGACAAACCCAUUGUACAUGCCCGUUACUAUGGCACUAAGAUAUCUGCGUGCAGCAGAAGUGGGUAGACCGCAAUCUCAACAAACUAUUAAUUUGACUACACUGGUAGUGGGCGAAAGGGGUACAGCACCUUUGUCUGGCAGUGUCACGUUUCCUAAACCUUUAAGAUAUAUUAAAGUUGCUGCCUUCACUAACGAUGAGAAUAAGUUGGAGGAGCUUCGCAAGAAGUACCCAAAUCAUUUGAUUGGUGGAGCAGAUCUUGUCGCCAGAAUUAAAAGUGGUGAGAUUCCUGUUGAUUUUGACAAGGCUUUUGCUACACCAGAUAUUGUUCCAACUUUACAAUCACAGGUUGCCAGGAUACUUGGUCCUCGUGGGGUUCUACCUUCCCUAAAGAAAGGUACUGUGAGUGAUGAUAUAAACUCCCUCUUGGAGGAAAGUUUAGGCUCUAUGCCUUUUAGACAAAGGGGGAACUCCAUCAGUCUUGGGGUUGGAAAAUGUUAUUUCUCUGAUCGAGAAAUAUUGCAAAAUAUUAUAUCCGCAAGGUCAGCAUUUAAAGCAGCUGUUAAUAACCAAAAAUCAAAGAAACCUAAUUUAUUGAGUAAAACCACAUUAUCAAGUACACACGGUCCAGGUAUUGUAAUUGAUUUCGCCUAG